AAAAACAUCUCUUUUCCCUUCUAAAAGGGGACAUGUUUCCUUGCGUAUAUACAUACACAUGUAUUCGGGCACUUGCCGACAUUACAUACAAAGUAAAUCCUACGAUUUUAUUUUCUUGAAUCAGGGAAUGGCGUUUAAUGGUAAGACGGAUAAUGAAUUUCCUGAUAUGUUUGUUCAUCUCUUUGAUGAAUUUUUGAGGGGGAUCCAUUACUCUAAUUGUUAUCUACAAAUGGUCACGGUUGCUCUUUUAUUACUUUUUAUUUUAUUUUAUUGUAAAUUUAACAACUCAUUGUUGCUUUUAAGAUCAUCAUUGCACAACGGGCAUACACUCAAGUGCCACGGCGUUCUCCAAAGCCUCUUUGUGUUGUUGCACUGGCUAAGAGUGCAAAGGAAGGUAAGAACAACAAUUUUUGAUUUGCUCCGUGUUUGUCUUCAGGAAAGUCUUUUAUCUUUAUUAGUUAUCCUUAUCUUUAUUA